AUGUUCAACUCCAGCCUAUCUGUAGCAGAGUUUGUACUGCAUUGUGCUAUCAGAGCUGACCACAGAAUUUUGACUGUUGUCAUCCUUCUGAUCAUCUACCUGAUAUCAAUCUUUGGAAACCUUCUGGUAAUUCUGGUGAUUAAAAUGAACCGGCAGCUCCACUCCGCCAUGUAUAUCUUCAUAAGUACCAUAGCGGUGAUAGACCUGGUGAACACUAACACCAUCAUCCCAAGACUCAUCACUAUUCUUCAGUUCAACAUGUCGCUAGUACCGUAUGGAGCCUGUUUAACGCAGAUGUAUUUUAUAUUGAAUAUCAACCUGACGGAAUCCCUUCUGGUAACAUUUAUGGCUCUGGACCGUUAUGUUGCAGUUGUGCAUCCCCUCCGUUACCCAUCAAUUGUUACAAAAAAAAUUGUGUGGAUUGCUGUCUUAUCUAUACCUGUGUUUGCAUUCCUCUUGCACAUAUCAAUGAUGGUGUUUGUCAGUGAACUCUCAUUUUGCCGCACCAAUGUCCUGCCCUAUUGCUACUGUGAUUACUCUAACAUGGUCCAAAUAGCAUGUAAUGAUGACCCCAAAUACUUGCUACUUUUGAGCACUUUUGUGAUUUUGCUAGGAUUCUGCCCAAUGAUAUUAAUUUUGUUCACCUAUGCCCGAAUCUUUUCAGUGGCACUGAAAAUCACCUCUUUAGAUGCAAACAGUAAGGCUUUCAGCACCUGUGUCACUCACCUCAUUGUUUUAGUCCUUGCUUACAUCCCAUCGCUGGCUACUUAUAUCCUGCCAAGUGCAGGUGUCAAGAUGUCGACUGAAGUGUACAAUACAUUGGUAAUAGUUGGUAAUGUGAUCCCACCGAUGAUGAACCCAGUAAUCUAUAGUUUCAGGAAUAAGGAAAUAAAAAUUCAAAUUUACAUGAUUUUUACUGGGAAGAAAACCAUUCCAGGAACACUUCAGCACUAA